AUGUCUAGUGAAAAAAAAUAUAAAGUGAUAAUAGUCGGUGGUCCAAGUGCCACUGGGAAAUCUACUGUUGCUCAAAACUUAGUGUCUAACUUUGCUAAAUAUGAUCAUGUUCAUUUGGAAUAUUUAGAAGGUGAUGCCUUACAUUCACAGGAGAACAUUGAUAAAAUGGCAAAGGGGAUACCAUUAGAAGAUAAAGAUAGAUGGGGUUGGUUGAAGAAAAUUGCUAUUAAAUCCAUUGAUGUGGCUGAGAUGGAUAAAGAUGUUGAAAAAUGUGCUGUUGUAACUUGUUCAAGUUUGAAAAAAAAUAUAGAGAAUAUAUUAGAGAAAAUAGGUAAAAAGGCAGACUUCUUAUUCAUCAUAUUGAAUGCAUCAAGAGCUGAUUUAAUGGAGAGAAUGAAAUAUAGAGAAGGUCAUUUCAUGAAAGCUAAUAUGGUAGAUUCACAAUUAAGAGAUUUGGAAUUACCAACAGCAGAAGAGGUCAAAGAAGGGGUUGUUGUUGAAGAAAUUGGUGGAAAAUCUGUUGAACAAGUAGAUGCUGAUGUACUAGCAAUUGCAGAGAAUUUUUUCGGAUUCGAUAAAUAA